CAGGUGCCAGAAGUUGCAAGAACAUGCCCACCUUAUCUGUCAACUGGAAUUACAAAACGUAUCGUGUGACCGUGACUCCGUCCACGAUAUUGGGCGAUGUAUUGAAAGAAUCAUGUCAACAUUUCAAUCUUGGUUCCGAUUUCACCCUCUACAAACUCGUGAACAGGAAUGGAAAAGAAAUUGAUUUGGGUUUGCCUUUUCGAUUCAGCAAUCUUGCCCAGGGCGCCAAUCUUGAUAUUGUUGGCCCUCCUGCGGGUGUUGUGCAAACAGGGAAGAAGGAAGAUGGUGAAUCAGGCCAGGCAAUCAAGAGCAGCGGUGACAACGAAGGCAAUUGCGAUAAUCAGAAAUAUGUUAACUUGAGAAUCAGUGUAUCCACUCCGGAGAACACAACCACUACAGUUACAGACAAGUUUGCCAAUGACAUAUCGCUGAAUGGUGUCCUGGGAAGAUUGGCUGAAAAACGUUAUCUGGAUCAAGUCAGCCAUAGCAGAGUUGCCAUUCAAAUUAUGAUGAGAGUGCUCGACGCUGGCGAGUACAAUAAGUCUUUAGCUAGCUUAGGACUCGUAGAAGGAAACCACGCAAUACGAUUAAGGGUCAAGCCGAUUGAUCAUGCAAUCGUUAAAUCAAGACCUACGGAGGAGAAAAAGGUUACAGAAGAGAAGCCUAAGGAUACGACCAAAACAGAGAAGGCUACCGUACCAGCUGUCUUAGUUAGCGAUAAACAGGAAGAGGUCAAUGCUGCUGAAAGCACGAAGCAAGAGCAACCAAAAGAGCAGUCAAUUGUUUCUGAACCAGAGAAAAUCAGCACAACUGACGUUCGUGCAGAACCUCCGAAGAAUGACAUUGACAUCAAGUACGUACAUCAUGGCAAUGGACGAAAUGCGGCCAGGGAAAAUGACCAUGAUGAUUCUUCUUAUGAAAUGAGUAUCGAACAAGCGAGAAUCUACCAAAGACUGCUUUCCAAGCAAGCAGCCGACCAACCAAUGCUUACAAAAGCCCUGAGAGAGAAACUGGAAGAGGAAGAAAGGCAGAGGAAAGAGCAGGUGAAACAGUCAAUUUACACAGGAGAAAGCAUCAUCAGAAUCAAGUUCCCAGACAACAAGGUGGUGCAGGUGAAAAUCGACAACAGGAAGACCCUCAAGGACCUCGCUGAAGUCCUUGUGGAGAAAGUGUUAAAGCCUGAGAUUGUUCCACGGAAGUACAAAAGUGGAGACGACUUAUUUUUUGAGCUUUAUGUUGCCCAUCCGUACAGCAAAAUAUUAGGGCAAAACACAGAGCUGGCAAAGACGAUAGACGAUUGCGAGUUUGGCAACCGUAUCUCGCUUUUGUUCCGGUUUGAACCUGAAUACACAAUGGCUCUUGUUCCAAAUGGAUAUAUCCUCGAUCAUCUUUUAGAGAAACUGGACGAUACUGCUUCACCAACCGGGCCGGCCUCUGCUGAAGCAAACCAAACGAAUUCUUCGACCACUUCGACCGAAGAAAAGCCUCAUCAGCCAGCGGAAGGGCUCAACGGCACUAAAAGAGCCAAAUUUAAGCAGGUUCCAGCAUGGAUGAAGCUCAGCAAGAAGGUGUGAGCAGCUGGUAGCAUUCAGGUUGCUGCCUAUGAUUAUAAUUACGUAUCUAUAUAGACAACAUUCUUUAAUCGGUAGUAAUAGCUUCGACACGCACACGGCGCACCGAUUAGGAAAAGUUAAAUCGGUCUGAGUCGUGUCUCUGUUUAUUUGUUUACAACUGCAC